GUCCUUUUGUUCAGAAACAGGAGUAGUUACGAAACCAAAAGCCCGAGAAGAUAUUUUGUCAAUUUUUUAUCGGCUAAACCAAAAGAAUUCCUGUAAACAACACUAAGACGGAACCGCUGCGAUUUCAUUAGGAAAUUUCUGCAGUUAAUUUUGGCACUUUUUGUCUUGCCUUUUGCUGAAUUCUGCUAAUUACUUCGUCAAUCGUCAACGAAUAAUGACUAAAUCAAGCCAUAAUGGCUCAAUUUUAGCGCCGUUCUUGACGAAAUGCUAUGAGAUGGUUGAUGAUCAGUCAACCAAUAGUAUUAUUUCUUGGAGUGAAUCUAAUGAUAGUUUUGUUAUCUGGGAUAUGACGAAAUUUUCUCGCGAUUUGCUCCCAACGUAUUUUAAGCACCGGAAUUUCUCUAGUUUUAUGCGCCAAUUAAACAUCUAUGGCUUCAGAAAAGUUGAUACAGACAGUUGGGAGUUUGCAAAUGAAGGAUUUAUAAAGGGCCAAAAGCAUUUGCUAAACAACAUUAAAAGAAGAAAAUACCCUCACAGUUCAGCACAGCAGAAUCCUCAGCCUGACCAGCAGAUUGGAAUACCUGAUGAGCUGGACUAUAGCAGCUUGCAAAAAGAAGUGGAAAUUCUUAAGACUGAUAAAAGUAGUUUGAUGCAGGAAUUAGUUAAACUAAGGGGACACCAAGAGUCUUCACAGAAUAUGUUAAAUAUUUUAGGGGAACGCCUUCAAGGAAUGGAGAAUAAUCAGCAGCAAUUGCUUUCAUUUUUAGUGAUGGUUAUGCAGAGCCCUGGUCUUCUGGUUCAGCUACUUCAACCCAAGGAAAGUGGUUGGCGAGUUGCUGAAGCAGGAAAGAUUAUAUUGGAUCACGGUACUUCUUGUGGGAAUACACCCAUUCAAGAUGGUAUGAUAGUCAGGUAUCAGCCUCUGCCAGAUGAUGCUCCUUCACCUACUCUGACUACAUCAUUGGAUUCAGUUAAAACCGUCAAGCAUGAUAUUUCUUUUGAUGGAGUUAAGGACUUCUUCAGGAAUUUUGAUCUCCCAUCAUCUCCCUUGGAUGAAAGCUUUCUUUCCUCUGAUAACUGUGGAUCUGAUCUAGAUUUUGCCAAGCUCGAACAAUUUCUGUUAAGUAGUCCUGCUCGAGAUGAUCCUCAACCAGAUGGCCAAGAGUCUUUGGCUACUGAACGAGAGAUGGAAUUGGCAUUAUACGGAGUCCAGUUGGAAGAUUCUGAGAUGAGGUCUCCCUCUUCAUACUUUGAAACAGAUCAACACUCGCCUAUUUUGGAAAUUUUGACUGAGAAAAUGGAAUGUUUGUCUCCUGGAAACAAGGUUUUAGGAAAUGCGGGCUAUUAACUUGCAUCUCAUCGCAUGUCAUCCGGAAUUCUUUCUGCAUAAAUAUCCGGAUGUAUAUACAUACAUAGACACACAAGAUUUUGUAAAUGCAGCAUUCGUAUACUCUUAACUGUUUAGAAGGGAUGUUAUUAAUGUUUUACUUUUAAGUUUGCCACCUUUUCUAAUAUGUCAGUCAAUAUGUUCAUGUGUUGCAA